CCAACCACUUUCACGGUGGGAGUGACCGGACGUUGUUGCAGGAAGAUAACAAAAUACAAAUGUAACUGCGGAGAGCUGAAACAAAUGAGGCUAUUUAAAUACAGGCUAUUCUGACCACAAAAAAAGAAUGCAAACAAACAUUUGAAUUUUUGUAUUAUUACUUCGAGGGAUGCGCUUUAGCUAUCCUUUGUUAAAGUUAGAUUACUGGAGCAUUCUCAUUGCACACGUUAGCUGGCUAGCUUUCGGCUUAGCUGUCUGUCUUUUCAAUGACAUUACAGUGCUGUAGCCAAAUGAUUACAACGCUACGCGGCCAGCUAGCUAGCUAAAACUUGACUUUUUUAAAAGCAAUAUUAGACAAUUCAGCAUUGCGAAUCCUGUUUAAAAUAAUUGUAGCUUGGUCGUUGGUUACUUUCCCUAAUUGAACUUCAGGUUGUCUGUUAGCUCAAGUUAGCCACAACAAUGUCACAUGCUCACUGGUCCAAAUUCGAGAAAGAGACUGAGAAAGAGGUUAAGAACCUGAUCAAACAGAUUAGCGGGAUUCAAGAUGAAGGAGACCAGAACUUUCAAUUAGCACUGAAGUUUACUUGGUCCAAUUUUAGAUUUCACCGUUUCCUAGAUGCUAAUAGUCACAAAGUUCAACGCAGUGUUAAUGGAAUCUAUGAGAAACUUAUGGUCCAUUCAGACCUAAGUAAAGCUGAUAGCUGGCUCAGACUAACAGAAGAGUUCCUGAACUCCCCUCUACCCAACACAGAGGGAACUAAGACCGAUGUCCACCACAGUCUCCUCGCUUUGUUGCUGCACCUCUCAGACUCUCCCCUCAACUCCACCUACAGCGAGACUGCCCGGCCGAAGGAGACGGAGAAAGAAGACUCCUUUGACUGGGGUAGUUAUCUCAGGGAGGGGGAAGACCUUGACCCUGGACCAUACCCAGACACCCCGGAGUGGUCUGAGGAGGAGGAGGAGGACAGUCAGGAGGUGCUCAGCAGAGAGGAUUCUGGGAUUCAGGUGGACCGCACCCCUCAGGAGGAGCAGGUGGAGAAACCGGCCACCGUUACCUGGACAGUGGGAGAACCAGAUGCCAGAGCCUGGCUGGAACAGCACGUGGUGACACCCUACUGGCAGAACCACGCCAGCCGCUUCCCCCACAGCCUUCAUCUGCACUCCAACCUGCUCAACAUCUGGGAUCAACACUUGUACAACAGCGACCCGUUGUAUGUGCCUGAAGAGAAGGCCUUUGUCACGGAGACCCAGGUGAUACGGGAGACGCUGUGGCUGCUCUCUGGGGUGAAGAAACACUUUAUAUUCCAGCAUCAGGAUGGCAAAGUGGUGGUUAGGAAUGACGUGGUGGUCACCCACCUGACCCAUAGUUGCCUUCAGUCGGUGCUGGAGCAUAUAGCAGUAUACGGCCAGGCGGUGUCCCGGCUGCAGAGGUUUAUAGAUGAGGUGACAGGGUACCAGACUGAGCCCUCCCCUCCCGGAUCCUCCAGCUGUAAAAAGGGAUCUGAGCCUCCCUUCAGGACCUACCAGGCCUUCGUCUGGGCCCUCUACAAAUAUUUCACCAGCUUUAAACAGGAGCUCACCUCCAUAGAGAGAGACAUCAUAGGAAAAGAUGAGACGGUGACCUUGUCAGGUGUUUUGGACCGCUUGAGUCCCCACCUGGCCCAGAUCAAGGUGCUCCACAAGGUGUUCUGCACGGGCGUGGCUGAGGUACCCCCAGAGACACCUAACGUGGUGCGGGCCUCGCACCUCCUCAACACCCUCUACAAGGCCAUCAUCGAGUACGACAGCGUGGGGGAAGCCUCCCAGCAGGCUGUAGCCCUGCUCUUCUCUCUGUGGACGGAAACCGUCAGGCCGUACCUAGAGAUCGUGGACGAGUGGAUCGUUCACGGUCACCUGUUUGACCCCGCUAGAGAGUUUAUCAUUCAGAGGAACAAGGAUGUGCCCGUGAACCACAGAGACUUCUGGUACGCCACCUACACCCUGUACAGCAUCUCGGAGAGCGUGGAGAGCGAGGAGAGGCUGAGUGACGCGGCCAGUGGGAGCAGUGCAGGGGAGCAGAGCUCCCGCUCGCAGCUCACCAUGGUCUCCUUCCUCAAGCCCGUCCUCAAACAGAUCAUCAUGGCCGGGAAGAGCAUGCAGCUCCUCAAGAACCUGGACUGUAAAGAGGCCGAGCCGACUGACAGCCCCACCAGAGAUGCUGAGAGGAAGAGCCUGUACACUCUCUUCCUGGAGUCCGUUCAGUCCCGCCUCCGUUGCCGGGAUGCGACUCCCGUGGAUACGGUCACUGAGCAACAGGCCACCAAGCAGAGCCUGAUCAAGAUGCAGUCGAUCGUCGCUCAGCAUCUACAGAUGGAUGACAUCCAUGACCCUCUGCUGGCCAUCAACUUCGCUAGGCUGUACCUGGAGCAGAGUGACUUCCACGAGCGGUUUUCGGGCGGCGACGUGGUCGUGGACCGUUCGUCCGAGUCGGUGACGUGCCAGACCUUUGAGCUGACCCUGCGCUCUUGCCUCUACCCACACAUACGGCAGAGAUACAUCGAGUGCUGCGGCAACCUCAUGACCACGCUGAAAAAGGACUACAGGCUCCUGGAGUACCUUCAGGCCAUGAGAAACUACUUCCUGUUGGAGGCGGGAGACACCAUGUAUGACUUCUACACGGCCAUCUUUGACAAGGUCCUGGAGAAGGAGAGCUGGCAGCAGCUGUCAUUCCUCAACGUUCAGCUUCAGGAAGCUGUUGGACAGCGCCACCCAGAGGACAGCAGCAGGUUGUCCAUCUUCUUGGAGACGAUCGACCCGAGCAGAAAGAAACAGCCCGUUAAUAAUCUGGAUGGUCUAAUCCUCAGUUACAAGGUGCCUUGGCCUGUGGACAUCGUCAUCAGCUCUGAGUGUCAGAAGAUCUACAACCAGGUGUUUCUGUUGCUGCUGCAGAUCAAGUGGGCCAAGUACAGUCUGGACACGCUCAGAUUCAGUGGGACGUCUCUCUCUCCCUCUCACCCUGGUUUGGGGGGCGUUCCAGAGGAGAUGGCGGCCAAGGAGCCAAUCGAUCAACAAAUUCACCGGAUGUUUCUGCUACGGGUCAAACUGAUGCACUUCGUCAACAGUCUUCACAACUACAUCAUGACUAGAAUUCUGCACAGUACAGGUCUGGAGUUUCAGCAUCAGGUCCAGGAAGCAAAAGACCUGGACCAGCUGAUCAAGAUCCACUACAGAUACCUUUCCACUAUCCACGACCGCUGUCUGCUCAGAGAGAAGGUGAGCUUUGUGAAGGAGGCGAUCAUGAAGGUUCUCAAUCUGGUCCUCAUCUUCUCCGACCGAUGGCAGGCUGGCUUCGGAGCAUGGAAGAUUGAAUCCAUUGACAAAAUGGAGUCUGAUUUUAAGAACUGUCACAUGUUCCUGGUUACUAUAUUAAACAAGGCUGUCUGCCGCGGAUCUUUUCCACACUUAGAGUCCCUGGCUCUGUCUCUGAUGGCUGGCUUUGAACAGUGCUGAGACGAACUCCUCUCUGCCUGCCCACCCCGACCCACGAAGAACUUAAAACCAUGAGUGUGUUCCGGAUCACUUCUCAUUUCCUUUUCAGGGCACCACUUUCGACCAGUGCCCGCAGGUCUUUGUUCAAAAGUAGAGGGCUACAAGAGGAUUGGUCUGCUGUGAGGGACAAACACUGGAUGCUGUGGCUGCUUCUUUUCUGAGACGGCUGUCACAGUUGGCACAUGACUCGGGGGGAAGGAGGAUGACGAUGUCACCAGUAGCCGGGGAAGAAUGAUGUCACAGUUCCUCGGGGUGGCUGGUCGGGAGGGGAGGGUCGCUAUGGUCUCCUACAUCAUAAGUGCUCCUUGUAAAGGCCAUUUAGUGCUCUCAGAAGUAUUAAAUGUGCGAUUGUUUGUAAAUAUUGAUUCCGAAUCUGUAUUAUGUUAGUUGUGAACACUUGUCCAUUUGUAGACUCCAUGCACAAUAAACCCCUGGUGAUGCUG